AUGCCCGCUGUUAGUCAAACUUUGGAUAUCAACUCGCCCGAUUUACAGUCGUUGCCAAAGUAUGCUCGUCUUUGUGAAAUGAUGACUGAAUACGAAAAUACCAUCUGCCAUAAUGAGCAGGCCAUCGAAAAUAUACGCCAGAGUUUUGCCUGUCACCAGAUAUGCAUUUUGGACGCUCUUUCUACAGUUUUUGACUCUGCCAUUAAAACGGCCUUUUCGGCAGUAGAAAAAUUUGAUGUGAUCAUAACACCGAGCACAAGUCCCAAGUUUGGCGAUUAUCAAUGCAAUAGUGCCUUCACACUGGCAAAGAAACUUUCUUCCCUAGGACCGAAACAGUCCCCUAAAGAGGUUUCAGAAAAAAUCUGCGAAUGCCUUUACAAAGGGCCUCUGAUAGAAAAGGCUGAAGUAACAGCUUCCGGUUUCAUUAAUAUCUACAUAUCGAAAGAAAUUGUUGCUGACGAAAUUUCCAAAUUGGUUCGACUUGGCUUUACUCUUCCUCCUCCCUCACGAAAACUUAAAAUUAUCGUCGAUAUGUCAAGUCCUAAUAUCGCCAAAGAAAUGCACGUUGGACACUUGAGGUAA